UUGUGAUGGUUCAAAAGCAAUUAGAGGUGCGUCUUUGAUUGCUAAGGUUGAUGAGCGAUUGAAUCGUAUGUUGCGGUUAGUCAUCCUUGGAUUUUUGGUAAGUAAAAGUUACAAUAGAUUAAAGAGAGUAAUCAGUCACCUUUUUAUUGGCUAACAAAUGGACCUUGUGAAAUAGGCAUUUUUCAAAAGCUUCCCACAUGGAUCAAACACCUUUGCAAACUUUCUUUCCCAUCAAAUUGAGAGUCACCGUUCACAAUUGAAAUGAUUGAGAAAAACAGUUAGCCUAAAGAAAAUAGUCACCUUUUAAAAGUCGUUUUGUUGGCUGAAACAAGAACCAUGUGAACAAUUUGCAAUUGCGUUGGAAAUUCUGUACAUAUACAAGGCUUUUUGAAGUUAUUUUUUUGGCUGACACAAGGAUCUUGUGAUCAAGGUGGUGUAAACUAUAUAAUAAAAACUUUAUCCAAAGAGAUUGUCUUUUUUUUUUUUGAAACACGUCCAAAGAGAUUGUCUCUGCUUCACUUGAAUUUAUAUCCCUUUUAGGUUACAUCAGUCAAACAAAACUUAACAAAUGGGCCAAUAUAAAUUUUAAUACACAGGCUUGACUUAAAAGUCCAGUUUCAGAAACUUAAUUGGCUAAAAGAUGGCGGAAAAAUAUAGUUUUGCGAAUGGGCCAUGAGUCUGUUGCUUGUCUUGACGGGUACAUGAACAAUGCCAUGGAGGAAAACCGAAGAGUACGUAAAUGGCCAGCUAAAGAACAAAUAUGGCUUUUAUCUGUGGAAACAAUGGUAAUAAUCUCUAAUGUAAUCGUACCUCAAUCAUCUUUAUCUAAAUUACUAACUUUCUUGCGGUGUACGUAUCUGGAAAUUUUGAUGUCUGCAUGGUACAGUUCUUCUUUACAUCAGCACAACAAACAAAACCUCGGCAGAUGUAACCUAGCUUUCUUGCUCAUGAGUUAGUUUGUGUUUUUUAUGAGAAAAAAUAACUCGUAGUCUUGUUUAAACUCUAUCAUUAAACUCAAUCAUUAAACUCAUUUAUUAAAUAAACCUCAUAUUCAUAAAAAAAUCGAGCUGAGCUGAAAUACUUCAUGAAUUAUAACUCAUUUUGACACUCUAAUUGUGUCGUGUAUUUGUAAUUAAUUAACCAAAAACUUUGUUUAACAUAGUAAAAUAUGAUGAUCUUAUUUUCUUUAUAAAAAUACAGCAAAUGCAGAAUAAAAUCUUCUCUAAAAUCAUUUUAUUCACACAUUUCCUUCUAUUGAGAAAGAACACAUUGUUUAACAUAGUAAAUAUUAUGGUCUUAUUUCCUUUAUAAAAAAUACACUGAACAUAUAAGCAAACGCAGAAUAAAAUCUUCUCUAAAAUCUUUUUAUUCACACAUUUCCUCUUAUUGUAAAAGAACACAGAUUGAUUUUCUUCUUAUUCCCAUUUUUGUUUUUAAAAAGCUAUCUCUUGUUCUGAUCACAAUGCUCUUAUCUAAUCAAGAACUUCAAAAAUCUAUAAACAUCCACAAUAUCUCCUAAGGCAUAUUCAUUCGGUUGAAGCAAAACAUUUUGAGAGAGAUGGAGAAAAGAGGACAUGUAUUGGCAGUGCCAUAUCCAGCGCAAGGACAUAUCACACCAAUCCACCAAUUCUGUAAACGACUCAACUCUAAAGGUCUCCAAACCACUCUUGCUCUUACCACUUUCAUCUUCAACUCCAUCAAACCUGACCCAUCUGGUCCAGUCUCCAUAGCCACCAUCUCCGAUGGCUACGACCAGGGUUUCGACUCGUCUGGAUCCAUCCAAGACUAUGUCCAAAGCUUCAAAACCUUUGGCUCUAAAACCAUUACAGACAUCAUCCGCAAACACGAAACAAGUGAUAACCCCAUCACUUGUAUCGUCUAUGAUUCUUUCUUGCCAUGGGCAUUCAACGUUGCCCGAGAGUUUGGUAUAGCUGCGGCUCCUUUCUUUACGCAGUCUUGUGCUGUUAACUAUGUUUACUAUCUUUCUUACAUAAGCAAUGAAAGCCUGAACCUUCCCAUUGAGGAGUUUCAUUUUCUUGAGCAUCAAGAUUUGCCUUCUUUUUUAUCUGCUCCUGAAUCUUACCCUGCUUACUUGGAGAUGGUGCUCCAACAGUUUACAAACUUUCAAAAGGCUGAUUUCGUACUCGUUAAUACCUUCCAAGAGUUGGAGCUUCAUGAGCAGGAGUUGUUGUCAAACGUUUGUCAUGUGUUGACAAUUGGUCCAACUGUUCCAUCGAUGUACUUAGACCAAAGGAUCAUUUCAGACACAAAUUAUGAUCUGAAUAUCUUUGAUUUGAAAGACGCUGCCUUCUGCACUAGCUGGCUGAACACAAGGCCACAAGGGUCAGUGGUGUAUGUAGCAUUUGGGAGCAUUGCUAAGCUUAACAAUGUGCAGAUGGAGGAACUUGCUUCAGCAGUAAGCAAAUUCAGCUUCCUGUGGGUUGUCAGAGAUUCAGAAGAGGAAAAACUGCCAUCAGGAUUUCUUGAGACACUGGAUAAAGACAAGAGCUUGGUCUUGAAAUGGAGUCCUCAGCUUGAAGUUCUGUCAAACAAAGCCAUCGGUUGUUUUUUGACUCAUUGUGGCUGGAAUUCAACUCUGGAGGCAUUAGCCAUUGGGGUUCCCAUGGUAGCUAUGCCUCAAUGGAUCGAUCAACCUAUGGAUGCAAAGUACAUACAAGAUGUGUGGAAGGCUGGAGUUCGUGUGAAGAUAGACAAUGAGAGCAGGAUUGCCAAGAGAGAGGAGAUUGAGUUUAGCAUUAAGGAAGUGAUGGAGGGAGAGAAGAGCAAGGAGAUGAAGGAGAAUGCGAAGAAAUGGAGAGACUUGGCUGUCAAGUCACUCAGUGAAGGAGGCUCUACAGAUAUUAACAUUGACACAUUUGUAUCAAAGGUUCAGAGCAAAUAAGUUAUCACAUGAAGUAGCAAAGAUUUCCUGCAGUGUUAAUUGACUCAAACUGCUCCACCUUUGAAUUUGGUGCGACGUGUUAGGAAGCAAACAUCUUUCAUUGUUCAUAUAGAUGUAGAAUUACCAGUUUGGUUUGUAGAGUCUAUUGUUUUUGGUUGAUGACAAAAAAAGAAAUAAAUAAACUUUAAAUUUUUUAUUAAUUAAGCAUAAAAAAU